GUUAGCCAUAUUAACAACAGUGUACAGCUAUCCCCCUUUUCUCUCCCCUUCUCUCCUGCUUCUGCCUCCCUUCUCCGGCGCUGCGUUGGUUUUGCCUGGAAGCCUUUGAGCUUUCGAGGUUUUGAUGCUUGAGCUGCCGGGCUUCCUGGCCACUCAAGCAUGUUGGAGCUGCCCUGUGCUCCCUCCUCCGAUGACCCUUCUGGAUCCGGCGGUGGUCCCCUCCAUCCGGCAGUUUCUAUCGGUGGCAGUGCACGUAGGGGAUCCCAGAUCUGGCAACCUCGCGACCCACCUGCUGCCUCCAGGGAACGGCCUCCGCCUGAUCGGGUCUCCGCAUCAGCAUCCUGGAGCCUGGCGUACCUUCCACAUGGGUAGAUUGAAGGGUGUCCCAUUUGGAUCGCUUGACCGAAGGCUGCUAUAUAGCUAGGCCCUUUGCGGUUGUUUAAGUGUCAUGUGCACCUCCCUUCGGCCUCUGAAUAUGGGUCUACUCUAGUUUCUUGCUCCUGAUGUAAUUUUACUGUUUAUUAUUCCUGUAGAUGCCGUAUGGCGAUGUUUGAAAUGAACCAUUUUCGUUAUG